UAAAAACCCUGGAUGUGCAAGCAAAGACUGGAAGAGUCGGUAUCUCUGCUAUGGAGUGAGCUGGCCCUGGAAACCAACAUAAAUAUCUACCUGUUCCUCCUCCCUCUCCCCGUGACGUUGACCCUCCCUGUAAUCUGAUUGAGGCCAGUAUGCCGAGACCCUCCCAGCGUAACUCUGUUCCACACCCUCGGUGCCUAAUUUUCCAUGACCAAUUCUGGGCUGGGAUCCCAGGGAGAGCGCAGUGAUACUUUGGGGGGAAAACGUCCAAAUCCCUUUACGAUGGAGCGGCUGAUCGGAGCUGCUAUAACGUUUAAAUUGGAAAACGCGGCAGCACCCCGACAAACAAGGCGACGACGGACAUGGAAGUAGGAAAUAAAAUCUAGAGCUCUGAAAGUCCUUUGGCAGACGAUGUUUUCCAGGAUUCCUCUUGGCUCCUCCUGCCACCAGAUUAGAACUGGGAUUUCCAGAGCAAACUUCGAGGAUUUGGAAGACUCAGGCGAAAUUUGGGAUCCACACCGUACUGUGGCAGUAUUCCAUUAGACAGGGACCAUUCCUCCGAGUUCUCCACAAUAACGUGCACAGAAUUCAUCUCGUAAAACUCCCAACCUCCUGGGGAUCGCAAUGGGCAGAAACCUAAAUGCUGAGGGCCAGAAUAUUGAGCGCCUAGUGAAAAGAAGCCCCAAUAAUUGUUUGACAGCUCAGAAAGGUGUUUCAGGAUGCUGCUCAAGGGCUCGGAAACGUGCUCGCUGAACGCGUCAACGGAGCAAGUCUUCGAUCCCGGCCAGUUCGAGGGGAAAAGCAACGGGGAUCUGCCAUCGGCGCGCAAAAUCUGAUUUUCAUAAAAGAAGUGGAAAGUGAAUCGAGAAGACUGGAGAGAGUGUGGUGACAGCGAAGAGUUGCGUUUCUUUGUUGGGGAGCCACGUUAUGAACCCCUUCUGGAGCAUGUCUACAAGUUCUGUCCGCAAGCGCUCUGAUGGGGAAGAGAAGGCUCUGACCGGGGAUCCGAAAGCCAGUCCUCCCCGACCGGCUCCGAAGAAGCAGCUGCCUUCCAUUCCUAAAAAUGCCCUGCCCGUAGCCAAGCCCGCGUCGCCCACCCCCGCCGGCCAGUCGACCAACGGCACGCACGCCUCCUAUGGACCCUUUUACUUGGAGUACUCGCUUCUCGCGGAAUUUACGUUGGUGGUGAAACAGAAACUGCCCGGAGUCUACGUGCAGCCGUCGUACCGAUCGGCAUUAAUGUGGUUCGGUGUGAUAUUCAUUCGGCACGGACUCUACCAAGACGGAGUGUUCAAGUUUACAGUUUAUAUUCCCGACAACUAUCCGGACGGUGACUGUCCGCGCCUGGUGUUCGAUAGCCCGGUCUUCCACCCGCUAGUCGAUCCUCUCUCAGGUGAAUUGGAUGUGAAGAGAGCAUUUGCCAAAUGGAGGCGGAACCACAACCACAUAUGGCAAGUGCUGAUGUACGCCCGCCGGGUUUUCUACAAGAUCGACACGACCAGCCCUCUGAACCCCGAGGCUGCGGUGCUGUACGAGAAAGAUGUUCAGCUGUUUAAGAGCAAAGUGGUCGACAGCGUCAGACUAUGCAGCAGCCGCCUGUUCGAUCAGCCGAAAAUCGAGGAUCCCUAUGCAAUUAGUUUUUCUCCGUGGAAUCCCUCUGUACACGACGAGGCCAGAGAGAAGAUGCUGACUCAGAAAAAGAAGCCGGAAGAGCAACACGGCAAAAGUCUCCAUGUCUCUGGCCUGUCUUGGGUGAAGCCCGGCUCGGUGCAGCCCUUCAGUAAAGAGGAAAAAACAGUCACAACCUAAAGCUUGCGGACUCCGGUGCACCGGGCACUUUCGGCCGACGGGCAAGGAAGAGUUGGACUGGUUCAGCUGACCCGUGGCGGUGACCGUAGGGAGUAAAACUGCUCAAAACGGCGGGCCAUCUCCGCGUUUUCCUUACGCAUUUAGUUUUGACCACCGUUGUGGCAACCCCUCUUGAAGGCGAUACUUCGGUUACUUGGAAGCUUCUCCGAGGAGGUCGACGGCGUCGAUGCUCCGGUUUGUUGGGGGAUUGCGUUUUGGGCUUUGGAAUCUUAUUUUUCCUUCCAGGAAUGGCAUUUUAAAAAACCUUCGGCUAACCGGCCCCAUGGUUGGCGGGGGAAGCCGACGGCGGAGGUAAGCUGCGUCCGUUUAAUCUAGCCGACGGAAUUCAACACUACGUAUUAUUUAACGGUCUUAAAAUGCAGGGUUUAGGCUGUACAUACGUUUCGGAUGCGGACUUGUACGUAGAUAGCUGGUUCGGUAACUCAUCUAGCACUUUCAAGGGAAGAUAAACUGGGACGGCUAGUCUUAGCUCUUUUUAUUUUUCUUUCCCCGACUUUAAAGUGGAUUCUGUCACUGAAGCACACAUUAGUCCGAGAGGAGACCAGAACACUAUGGAGCGGUAGCUUUUUUUUAAAGCAAAUACGGUUAAAGUAUUUUUAAAUGGUUAUUUUAUCUCUCUCUCUCCGCGGGGGUUUAAUAAAAUAUUCUUAAGAAAUUGACAGUAGUGUGCUAUGGUGACUGAUGUGUGGCAGUAGUGACAAUAAAUCUGAAAAGUCAA